AGAGAAAUUUUAAAGGAUUAGAAAUUUAUUUUAAUCAAGCAUGUUUCUAGUAAUUCCUUUUAACUCAUUUCUUUUUACAAGAUCACCACAUUCUCUGUUUCUCUUCUCAAAUUAUCUCGUGUUCUCGUUAUUGAUGCAUGUAUAUUAUAAUCGUAAUCCAAUUCCAUUUUUCCUCGCUUUUUCAAGCUAUUUUCUUUUUCUUUCCGUGUAAUUAUUUUCCCUUAUCUGUACAUCCAUUUCCGAUUGUACACAAAAAAGCCCUUCAAAUAUACAUAUAUAUAGCAUUAGUAAUCAUAUAUAAUAUCUUUCUAUUCCAGCAUUACAUCAUCUCAGCACGAGCGUUAUUAAAAUUUAUACACAAAACCAUAAGAUGAUUGAUCGUGGAUUUUUUUUGAACGAUGAAAAAAAGCGAUAGAAUAAACGCGAAGUCAAAUGCACACGUUAUAUAAAUAUGUUUUAACUUUUUUUAAAUUUUGCAUAAAUAACAUAUGGAAUACAAGAAAUAAUUUGAAAAUGAAUUUGUUAUACAAGAGAAAUAAGAAUUAAUGCUCACUAUGCGCUCUUAUAAAAUCUUUCUUCUUAUUUGAAAUUUAAACUUUUCUUCCUCCGCCUGACGAUUAAUUUACAACUGUCAUUUUAAUUUAUAUAUUUAUAUCAUUGAAAGUUGCAUGAGCUUCACUUUAAGUACGAAAGAUGGCUAUACCAUCGUCGUCCUGUACCCAUAUAUAACCUAAUAUUUAUGUUUUUUACCAAAUAAUGUAAUAUAAGUAUAAUAUAUAUGUGUUUUAGUCGUAGAUCAAUUUAUGGAUGAUAUUGUGAUUUUUUUGUAAUAAUAUAAGAGAAAUAAAUUUUAUCGCGUUCAACAAAAAAUGCCACCAAAACCUUCAAUGAAUUAUAAGCGCAGUAGCAAAAGUAAGAAGAGUGUGGCGCAAACAUGUGUUCCUCCUAAAGCAGUAGAUGUGAACAGCGCAAGUGGUUUAAAUCCAGAAGUGGAGGAUAAAUUUGAAUUGGAGUUAUGUUGGUGUAUACAACAGUUAGAAGCGAGUUUAACUAGUGGCAAAUUGCAGGAGAAGCAGGCGCAGGAUCUCAAUAAACAGUUAAAUUCAUUAAAGAGUAACACUGCGCCAUUAAUAAAGAAAAGACAAAUAAUGAGAAAUGCAUUGGGGGACUAUAGAGAGAAGAUGGCCGAGGACGAACGAAAACUUAGUAGAACUGUGACAGCUGUUAAGUUUACAAAUCCUGCUUCGACAAAUAAAAGAUCAAUGUUUGUCAGGAAAGCCAUUCAACAUGAUGUACAGGAAUUCAAAGAGCAGGCAAAUGAUCAUACGCAAGAUACAAAGCCAGCUAUCAUUGACAGUAAUAAAACUCAAAUUCCAUUUCAAUUUAAUUUUCAGACAUGUCAAUAAAAUCAACUUUUAUAUUAA